AUGGAUGCUCACUAUAAUACUGACUAUGGCCACUUGGGGGCAGCAACACAACAUAACUUCCUGCAGGAACUGAACCGAGUGGAGUUUGUUUUAACAAACACUGAGGAGCAGCUGCAGAUUCGCACUUUAGCUGUGGAGAAAAGAGAAAAGUCAAACCCAGUGGUGGUGAUGCUCCUGCUCCUGCUCCUGCUCCUGAGCUCAGAGCGCUCUUCACUACCUAGUGAUCACGUGCAGACUGGAAGGGAGAUUGGUCGCGACCCGCGGCUGGGUCCGCCUUCUCGCCUGCUGCUGCGCUGUGAUUUGCCGGUUGCGCUGUCAGUCACGCUGAAUGCUCCCAGUGGGUGUGGUCGCUCGGUCUCAUGGAGUCGGAAUGAAGCUCAACAGUCUUUUAAUCCUUCUCGAGGCUGCAGAGUAUCUGAGAGAAGAGACCGAGAGGCCGAACAUGGUUAUGCGUCAGUGUUGCCGUUCGGCCCCGAAUUUAACCGGAAGAAAAAAACUCAGCUGCUUUCCCGAAGACCAAGUAACCACAACAACAACAUCAACAACAUCAACAACAGGUCGUCACACAAUGAGCUGGAGAAACACAGACGUGCAAAGUUGCGUCUCUAUCUGGAGCAGCUGAAGCAGCUUGUGCCUUUAGGACCUGACAGUACACGACACACAACAUUGAGUCUGCUCAAACGGGCCAGGAUGCACAUCAAGAAGUUGGAGGAACAGGACAAGAAGGCAGUAAAUGUGAAGGAGCAGCUCCAGAGGGAACAUCGAUACUUAAAGCGCCGCCUCGAACAGCUCUCACUGCAGCGUAUUCGCACUGACAGCAUGGGAUCUACCAUUUCUACUGACUCAGAGCAGGAGGUAGACAUCGAGGGGAUGGACUUUACCCCCGGGGAUGGAGACAGUUUGGAUGGAGUUAGCGACCCUGAGGAUCACUACAGCCCGUGCAGCUUUUAAGCCACGCCCCUCUGCCCACCUGUCCUGCCCUCUCAGACAGGAAGCGGCCCAUUCUCUACUUCCUGUUCUUCCUGUACUUCCUGUUUGCUUUAUCUAUUUCUGAAGAACAACCUGUGGUCCAAUGGUCCGGCUCUGUCCCGUCUCCAUACCAAGUGUACACGGAGUGAGCGAGUGUGUAUUUGAGACGCUGCCUAAAACAGGUUGGAUCCGUGACCACGCCUCUGUGCACACUACGCCUCGCGCACUUUUCACACUAAACAACUUCCACAAUUAGCAUUCACUUUAGGUAACAUGGAAGAAACCUGAGGAAGGGGUGGAGCUUACCUUACUUUUAAUCAGCCAAUGGCCAUCUUGAUCAUGUGAUCAUUUGACGUCACCUUCUUGAGUUAAAAAUUUGCAUGUGUGGCAGCAUAUAGUAACUAGCUUAAAGCUAACUUGCAAAUUACUUAGCAUAGCUAACCUACCUUUUUGCUACUAUAAACUUUCUGUAAUGGUGUAUAAUUGACACCAUGAUUGGCUAAUCAGUACUCAUUAAAGCUCCACCCCACUCAGACCAUUUACAUAUAUACAUAUGUAUAAAAGAAGUGCAUUUUGGCUCGGCCAAUCAGGAUCCAGCCUUUUAUUUUCUCUCUCAGUAGCAAUGUGAUGUAGCAAUAACGAUGCUGUUUGUGUGUGUGUGUGUGUGUGUAUAAUUCGCUAACACACUCACACACACUCGAUGCAGCGUAGACACACUUGCCACUCAGUGACCUGUCGGAGCCGGAUGCUAGCUUGUAGCGAAGAUUAGCAUGCAGCUACAACACGGUGUGUCGAUUUGCAGUAUUCAUUGUGGACACACACACACUCUCUCUCUCUCUCUCUCUCUCUCAAUCGUUAGCAUGCAUUGUCCUUAAAUUUUAGCAAAAAUAUAUUUUUACCCCAAAAAAGUAAAAAAAUCCCAGACACCCGUCUGCACUGGUGGAGUGGGCGUGGUCUGAUGUGCAAUGUCACACUGUGAGAUUAGCUACAAUGCUAGCUGUUUAUCUGUUCAUGAUUAGCUCUUCCAGUGGUAUCCCUAAGGUUUGGGGCCAACUUCAAAGGUGUGGUGUGUAUGAUGUCAUCAGUGUGGCCACGCCCACUCCACUAGCUGGGCAGAUGAAAAAAUACAAAUAAAUCCUAUACAGCAGUGUGUAUAAGAUAGAAGUGUAUAAAAUGUUUAGGUCGCCAUGGCGAUUGUAGCUCUAUAUUUCUCUCAGAAGUUUUUUAUUCUAUUUUCUUAAAACACAAAAGACCAAAAAAAAAAAAAGAAAAUAUAAAUACGUACGUUUAUAUAAAUCUAACACAAGAGACGAUGUGCCGAUCUCCAGCAUCGUUCUGUGCCUUGGUCAUGUCCUAUUCUUCUCCCUCGACGCUUCCCCUUGCUCCCUACACCAUUCUCUCCACUACCCACUCAGGUCGACUUCCCCAUUCACACACGUCCCACACCCUGCCGACUUCCCCUUAUUCCCUACUCCCUAAUGCUCUGUCCUCAGGUCUGCAGCUCACCAACACCCCUCGCCAAACAGGGUGUGGCUGGGGUGUGUUCCAAUCCAACAUAUAGACUGAACUCUCAUUCGUCUCCCAGUCCACUUUUUCUAACCCUCGAGCCCCACUCAGGUCUCCUUCCUGCACACACAUGGACACGGCCCACGUCUUCAUGAGGAACCUGAGGGCGUGCAUCUGGCAGAGGUGCGUCCCAAUCCAGUGUGUGGACUCUUCAGGGUGCCUCCUUCACCAUCGUCUCCUUUCACUCCUGCUCCUGUGGUAACAGUUUUUCCUUGUAGUGCAGAAGAAGACACUGGGAGAAGAUCCAUCAUGGCAGCUCGAGUUCUUCCUCCCUCUCUCACCUUCUCCUAGUGCACUUUCUGCUAGCAGUAGUGUUAACUAGCGUUAACUGCUGCCUAGGGGGAUUGUGGGUAAUGUAGUCCCUCUGACAAGCCUAGUGAAGACUCAUCUGAGAUCAGUGUGAACGGGCAGCUUUCAUCAAGAGGAACACACACACACACACACACCUCUCGUACAGAACUCCUCAGGAGUAUGGGCGGGGCUUGAGUUAAUGUCAUCAGGAAGUUGUUGCAUGUCUUAAAGGGACAGAAGCCAAUCAGCUGAGACGUGUUUAUUGACGCAACAUGCUAGUGGCUAAUUCAGUGAGACAGAAUGAGAGAGUGGGAUAGUGAGACAGAGUCAGGAAGAGAGAGAGAGAGAGAGUGGGUGAGGUGGUGAGUAAGAUGUUGAGACAGUAAGAGACCGGGACAGUUGUGUCCUGUUAGCGUGCUCUCGUCUCAUCUUGUCUCUUCUCGUGUCUUACUGUAUUUCUGGCUUUAUUUCACUGCACUUUUUCUCUUUAAAACGUUUUAUUUUUGACGCAGCGUCUCCCUGCAGCCUGUCACAGGGUCAGAGGUCAGGGGUCAGGAGGGUUCUGUGCCAGAGACCUGGUAAUACAGGAUGUGUAACAUAGAUUCAAACUUAUUUUUGUGUUUUCUUUCACACACACACACACACACACACACACACAUUGGUGCUUGUGUACUGAACAGUGUAAUAUACAGAAAUAAAGCUGAUUUUAUACA